AUUUCCUGUUGCUGUCACUGUAACCGUCCGACGACAGUUCCCAUGUUAUAUCAGCCUGUUGUGGUUUGUCAUGUUAUUCAACCAACACUUUGUAGCUGCUGACUCGUUGUUGCUACAGUAACAUUAAGCUGUAACUCACUAAUACGAUGAGGUUGCCCCGGCGGAUGCUCACCCUGCACACAGCGCCCGUGAGGAGGACAUCCUCGGUCCAUGCAGGUGUGACGAGCUUCGUCCCCGCCUGCAGCACCACUGAUGUCCACUCCCUGGAGCUGCUGCAGGACUUUGUGUCCCGAGCCAGACGCCUGUUUGUCAUCACUGGAGCAGGACUCUCCACAGAGUCAGGGAUCCCCGAUUACCGCUCGGAGGGUGUCGGGCUUUACGCUCGCACCGACAGGCGACCCAUGCAGCAUGCAGAGUUUGUCCGCAGCGCAAAGUCCCGUCAGCGCUACUGGGCCAGAAACUUUGUAGGUUGGCCGCAGUUCUCCUCCCAUCAGCCCAACGCUGCACACCGGGCCCUGCAGCGGUGGGAGGAGAGGGGCAGGCUGCACUGGCUGGUGACACAGAAUGUGGAUGCUCUCCAUUCAAAGGCAGGGCAGAAAGGACUGACUGAGCUCCACGGCUGUGCCCACAGGGUGGUGUGUUUAGGCUGUGGGGCCAUCUCAGCGAGAGAGGAGCUCCAGAAGCGAUUUGUAGCUCUGAACCCAGGAUGGAGAGCGCAGGCAGGCGCUGUGGCUCCGGACGGUGAUGUCUUCAUAGAGGACGAGCAGGUGCUCCAUUUCAGAGUUCCCUCCUGUGAAGACUGUGGGGGGAUACUGAAGCCCGAGGUUACGUUUUUUGGAGACUCUGUGAACAAAACGACUGUACAGUUUGUGCACCACAGACUGGCGGAGUCGGACGCAGUGUUAGUCGUGGGCUCAUCGUUGCAGGUAUACUCAGGAUACAGGUUUCUACUGGCAGCGAGUGAUAGGAAAAUGCCAGUCGCCAUCCUGAACAUUGGGCCCACGAGGGCCGACCACCUGGCUGGGCUGAAAGUGAGCGGCCGCUGUGGUGAAGUGCUGUCAGUCAUUUAGUCUCUCUGACUCUCAUGGACAUUUUGCAUUAAGCUGGUCAAACGGUUGUCAAAACUACCUCAGAUUUAAACAGGUUAACAAAGUAUUUGGCACUUUUAUCAAAGCAGGGUAACAACUGACAUUUCUUACUUUGUCCUAUUUUAUGCAGAACCAUUAAUUGUUAAAAUUAUAAUUGUCCUAAAUAGGGAAAAAAAAAAAGUGUGCCUGUCCUGGAAGUUCAGCUUCUCUGCACACAACAGGUUGAUGUCAGAGGAUCAAUAUCUUGGUCCAACAAAAACUGAGAGACAUCUACUCUGCCAGGAGAAGCAUACAGACUCAAGCUGUACUGUAUUUGUCAUUGCUGCUGUGGGUUUUGAUAUCAUAGAAUAUGUGCAGUGGGUGAUACAGGAUGCAUGUUUCACUGUCUGAAAGCUGCAGGCUGUGAAAUGACAACCGCGAAGCUGAAAUGAGGAGCGAGCCAGAUGGUUUGUCUCUUUUCACUGUUGCGUUAUUGCGUAGAGACACUGUAUUAUAUUGAAAAAUUGGUUUGUGAAACUAAACUACAGUAUGUUUGUGGAAGUGCAAGCUGUUAAAAAUCACGUAGUUGGGAAGACACAAGAGGGUUUAAAAACAUUUUGGAAACUAAUUCAAGAGAUUAUACAGAAUAUAAAGCAAUCAGCUGGUUUUAAAGGAUUUGUGCUGUCCUGGAAUGGAUUAAUCUCAUGUUUUCAUAUAAUGGUGCUGAGAUUGUUGAUAAGUAUACAUUUUAAAUGCUAACAUAGUCAGUAGGAUGGACCUUUUCUUGAUUUGUUAAACAAUGUUUAACUAUACAAGUAACAUGAGACUACAAACUCCAGAAGUCUUUCCAGCAAACGGUCAAGCAGUUGAUCUUGUUUUAUGUAAAACUGAUGCAAAUGUUUGAAAUGACAAAAAAACCCACAUUAUUUUAUGAUGUACAUUAUUUAAAAUAAAGGAUUUCAAAGCAUUAAAUAACUUUAUACAUUAACUUGUAGAUGUGUCGAUAAAUGUACAUUAAACCAAACAAUAUUUA